CUCUCUCCUCUCCCCACUCGGGCCACUCUCCAUCUUCACUUUCCUUUUUCCCUCCAAGAAAAAACUACCCUUCCUUCCAACUCUCCCAUAUCCUAAAAUCUCUCUCACGUUCAUCAACUUCUUCACCUUCCUUCCUUCCAAUUCCAAAUCUCUCAAUUUUUUCCUUCCCAUCGCAGACCCACAACCCUCAUAUCACGUAUGCACUGUGAGAGAAGCUUAUCUGCAGAAACAAGAAGGGAUUGACUCUCAACAGAAGGAGACUGGGAGAGAGAACGAGAUUGGUAAUGGACGAGCAGUUCAUACUCAGAGUUCCACCUUCUGUUGCAGAGCGAUUAGACCGCCUUUUGAGUGAAAGUGAAAAUGCUUCAUCUUCUGACGACAAGUCAUUGGAUUUGUCCUUUUCUGAGGAUGGGAAGAGUGGCACGUUUGUCAUUGGCAAUGAUCAUUUCCCUGCAUCACUGUUGGAUCUUCCUUGUGUUGUGGAAUCAUAUAAAACAUAUGAUGACAGUGUAUUGAUCAAGACUGCAGAUGUUGGUCAGAUGAUUAUGGUUAGAGAAGCAGGUGAUGAUACUCCAGAUGUGGUGGAGUACAGACAUGGUCUCACCCCUCCUAUGAGGGAUGCUCGAAAGCGGAGAUUUCGCAGGGAGCCAGAUCUAAAUCCUGAGCUUGUACAGCGUGUCCUGAAAGAUUUAGUGAAGAUCCAUGCUGGUGCAGCAGCGGAGAAUGUUGAUAUCCUUAUAUCUGCUGAGCAAGAGGAAGAUGUAGAUGGAAGUGUCCGGAAUGCAAGUAAAAAACCUGUGCCUGCGCCUGUUGUAAAGGCAGAUGCCCCAGAGGUUGGAACAAAUGCUGGGGAGCCUGACAGAAGCGACUCUGAUGAAUCUGAUGACUCAAUUUGAAUUGAAGCCACUUGUAGAAUUUAAAGUAUGUUUAUACGAAUAAUAAGAGCAUGUAUUGCUGUUAGUUUGAUUUUUUUGUAUCUCGUCUUGUUUUGUAAUUCAACACACGAAUUAAUUUGGUUCUGUUAGGUUAUUAGCUAUAUGGUGUGCAUUGUGAAGAAUUUCCACAAAAGGUGGUGAGGUGAUGUCUUGAGCAAAGCAUAUUUUUCUUGAGAAA